AUGUUUCAUGUGACCAAGUUGUUGUUGCCAGUCCUGUGUAGCAUCUUCAUCACCUGCAGAGCUGCGUCCUCAGUUUACCGAAAGUGUGAGGACAGUUUGGCCACACCUCUACCUUACAGCUCUUUCACCAGCUCAUCGGUUUAUGCUCGAGAUUAUGGGGCAGGUUAUGCCAAACUUAACCGUAAACAAGGUGCUGGUGGCUGGUCGCCUUCUGACUCGGACCGUUACCAGUGGUUACAGGUUGACUUGGGUGCCAGGAAGCAGCUUGUUGCCAUAGCAACCCAGGGUCGUUAUAGUAGCUCCGACUGGACCAGCAAGUAUCAACUACUUUAUAGUGACACACAGACAAACUGGAGACCUUAUCUUCAAGAUGGAAACAUCUGGACAUUUGAGGGGAAUGUGAACAGUGAAGGUGUGGUCCGUUAUCAACUGCAGCACGCCAUAUUGGCCCGUUAUGUCCGCUUUGUCCCAUUGGACAAGAGCAAAGCUGGACGCGUUGGAAUACGUCUCGAAGUGUAUGGCUGCUCAUACUGGGCUGAUGUGAUCGGAUUUGAUGGCCAUGGAAUCCUCUCCUACCGCUUCAGGAGUAAAAAGAUGAAAAUAGUGAAGGAUGUCAUUGCUCUUAAGUUUCGAACCACAGGUGGAGAUGGGGUACUGCUCCACGGGGAAGGACAGCAAGGGGACUAUGUUACUCUGGAGCUUCGGAGGGCGAGACUUCAGCUAAGCAUGAACCUCGGUAGUAACCAGUAUGGCUCUAUUCAGGGUCACACCUCUGUGACCAGUGGGAGCUUGCUUGAUGAUGACCACUGGCACUCAGUUAUUGUUGAGCGUUAUCGAAGGAAUGUCAACUUCACACUUGAUCAUCAUGUUCGUCACUUCAGGACCAAUGGAGAGUUUGCUCACCUAGAUCUUGAUUAUGAGAUUAGCUUUGGGGGGCUACCUCUUGCAGCAAAGUCAAGCUUUGGAGGCCGAGGAAACUUUGUAGGCUGUAUGGAGGGGAUCACCUACAAUGGCGACAACAUCACACACUUGGUUCGCCGGGGGAAAGUGGACACAUCGAGCUUUCGCAAUUUAACAUUCUCCUGUGCUGAAUCCAACACCUUCCCUGUCUUCUUCAACUCCACAUCCUUCCUGCGCUUGCCUGGUCAGACAGACAGUGACACCCUGUCUGUCAGUCUGUCUUUCAGGACAUGGAACCCAAAUGGACUGCUGAUGUUCACAGCACUGGCUGACGGCUGGGUGGAGGUGGGACUGACAGAGGGCAAGAUUACUGUCUAUAUGAAUGUGACACUAAAGAAGAACACACAUAUUGAUAUUUCAUCAGGCUCCGGCUUGAAUGAUGGCCAGUGGCACAGCGUGCAUUUGAAUGCUCUGGAGAACUAUGCAAUGCUAACAAUAGAUGGAGACGAGGCGUCCACAGUCAGAACAGCUAUUCCAGUUCAGAUCAUGACGGGAGGAACAUACUACUUUGGUGGUUACUUCCAACAUUUAACCACUCACAACACACUUCAGCGCCCCUUCCAGGGCUGCAUGCAAUUGAUCCACAUAGAUGAUCAUCUAGUUGACCUCAAGGCUGUGGAACAAGGUCUCAUUGGAACCUUUGAAAAUGUCAGUCUGGACAUGUGUGCUAUCAUUGACAGGUGUGUUCCCAACCACUGUGAGCACGGUUCCCAUUGUUCUCAGACAUGGGAUACAUUUAGCUGUAACUGUAGUGGCACAGGAUACGACGGAGCUACCUGUCAUACUUCAAUGUUUCAGCAGUCCUGUGAGGACUAUAAGCACCAGGGUAAAAGCUCUGGGACUUAUUGGAUUGACCCUGAUGGCAGUGGGGCUAUAGAGCCUUUUAGAGUUAUGUGUGACAUGACAGAAGAAAAAGUUUGGACGACAGUGAAGAACAAUCUUUCACCGCAGACAUCAAUCAUGACUGCUAAUCCAGAGGAAAAGGCAGUGUUGCAUCUUUCUUACAAUGUAACAGAUGAGCAGUUGCAAUCAAUCACUAGCAGUGCAGAAAAGUGUGAACAAUAUCUAGCCUAUGCCUGCCGAAUGUCUCGUCUACUCAACACUCCAGACAGUGAACCGUUUACCUGGUGGGUCGGACGGGCCAAUGAGAAACAUUCCUAUUGGGGAGGUUCAGGUCCAGGGAUACAGAAGUGCGCAUGUGGAAUUGAACACAACUGUACUAAUCCCAAACACGAUUGCAACUGUGACGCGGAUCAUCGCUCCUGGAGAGAGGAUGCAGGCCUGCUGGUGUAUAAGGACCAUUUGCCAGUCCGGGAGGUUGUGGUUGGAGAUACAGGCAGAGCUGGAUCUGAGGCCAAAUUGACAGUGGGGCCGCUCAGAUGUCAGGGGGACCGAAAAUACUGGAAUGCCGCAUCCUUCACCAGUCCAGCAUCCUCCCUUCAUUUCUCCUCCUUCAGAGGAGAAACCAGUACUGAUAUCUCCUUCUACUUUAAGACCUCCUCCAGUCAUGGAGUGUUUCUGCAAUAUUCAGGAACAUCUGACUUCCUUCACAUUGAACUAAAAGACGGCUCCUCUGUGUCUUUCUCCUUUGACGUGGGAAGUGAGAAAAUGGAGCUUAUUGUGCGCUCUCCGGUGCCCUUAAAUGAUGACCAGUGGCAUCGUGUGGAGGCUGAGAAGAACGUCAAGGAGGCUGUUCUGCAGCUUGAUGGAGACCACCGAGAUUUCAGGCUCACACCUCCGCAGGGACAUACGAAACUGGAGUUCUACAGUGACCUAUACCUUGGUGCUUCCGGAGGUCAGAGGGGUUUUCUGGGCUGCAUGCGGGCUCUGAAGAUAAAUGGAUUUACUUUUGACCUGGAGGAAAAGGCCAAGGUGACACCGGGGCUAAAUCCAGGUUGCCAGGGUCACUGCAACAGCUUUGGGAUGCACUGCAAGAACGGAGGGAAGUGUGUGGAGCAGUACAACAGAUACUCUUGUGACUGUUCGCUCACUGCAUUUGAUGGACCCUUCUGCACUGAAGAUGUGGGUGCCUACUUUGAAACGGGAACCCUUGUACGCUAUGACUUCUUGCCGGAGGCAGCUCCCUCUGUGGUUCAGGAGGGGAAAAGCUUCGCAGGCUUUGCCGUUCCUAUUGAGGCCAACUUGACACAUGAGGAGCUAAUUUUCAGCUUCAGUACUUCCAGCGCUCCAAGCAUCCUGGUCUAUAUCAGCUCCAGGACUCAGGACUACCUGGCUGUGGUGCUUAGGCAUAACGGCACGCUCCAGAUCCGUUACAGACUGGGAGGACUACCAGAACCUUUCACUAUAGAUAUUGACCAUCGUAACAUGGCCAACGGACAGCCUCACACUGUUAACAUAACCCGACACUCACGGAAGAUACGAUUACAGCUGGACCACUACCCAGUAUCCACUUACAUAUUGCCUGAGGCAUCAGAUACAGAAUUCAACUUGAUCAAAAGUCUGUUUCUGGGAAAAGUUUUUGAAACAGGACAAAUUGAUCCCAUCUUGAUUGAGCGCUACAACACGCCAGGAUUCGUGGGAUGCCUGUCAAGAGUUCAGCUGAACAGCUUGGCACCACUCAAAGCUGCCCUGCGCUCUAGCCAGUCUGCUCCCGUCAGCACCCAUGGGAUUCUGGUCCCGUCCAAUUGCGGAGCCUCCCCUCUGACCAUCUCCCCCCUGGCGGCAAACGACCCCUGGCACCUAGAAACCGCUGGAGCUGUUUUCCCUUUCAGUGAGGAAUCGGCCAGCAGUAAGGGCGUCAAUCGCAACUCUGCUUUCAUUGGAGGCAUCAUCGCCGUGGUCAUCUUCACAGUUUUGUGCAUCAUGGUGUUCGUUAUCCGCCACAUGUUCCGACACAAAGGCUCUUACCACACCAAUGAAGCCAAGGGAGCCGAGUCGGCAGACUGCGCCGAUGCGGCCAUCAUCGUCAAUGACCCCGCCUUCACUGAAACCAUCGAAGAGAGCAAAAAGGAGUGGUUUAUCUAA